GGAGGGGAACAUGGAGGCCGGUGAAUCCCCGUACAGAAGCACAGCAGCAUGUUGUCGGGGUUAAAGUUUCCCUCAGAGCGGUUUCACUCUCCCUCUCACUCAUCAGGCGCAGACUCAAAAACCACAAAGAGGACGUUUUCUUUGAAAACUCGUUUCAUGUCUUCCCGCUUUUACUUCAAUUAACUUUUGAAAUGUCAACUCUUUCAGACAAAGAGGAGGUGCUGAGGAAGAAGCAGAAGCCGCUGCCUCACUACGAGCCCUGGAGAGGAGGAGCAGGAGGAGGGGGGUUCGGAGGAGGAGCUGCAGGAGGAGCUGGAGGAUUUCAGUUCAACCAGCAGAUGAACGGAGGAGGAGGAGGAGGAGUCUUCUUCACCGGAGGAUUCUCUGGCUUCAGCGGAGGGGGAGGGGCUCAGAUGUCAAGCUCUGCCCCUCAGACCGAGGGACAGACAGGAGGACAGACAGGAGGACAGACAGGCUCCCCUCUGCAGCAGCAGCUGUUUCAGCUCACCGCCGCCCUCCGCUCCCGAGCGUCUCUCAGCGCCCGGCAGACGGCGGCUGCCCUGCUUCAGUACUGCAGCUCUGGGGACGCGCGGGUCCUUCUGGCCAUCCAGAGACACCUCUGUGGGGUCCAGGACGGCAAUGGAGACACGUGAGCUCAUUUGGUUUAUUUGGUUCAUUUCGUCUAAGAAACAGGGGGAGAUGACAACCACAAGGAUCAACCUUCCUAAUGCUUAUGCUUAGUUUCUAAUAACUUGAAAAUGAAUUGUGUUUAGGAUAAACAAUAAACAAAGUCGUGCCACAUGAUCUUUAUUUUAGUGCCAUGACCAAUGUGUCAAAUCUUUAUAUGUCA